AUGACUCAAAAGAUCCUCGAAAGAUCCGGUCUUGGUCAGAAAACUUACUUCCCUGAAGCUCUUCUUCGAUCUCCUCCGAAUCCUUGUAUGGAAGAAGCGAGGAAAGAAGCCGAGACGGUUAUGUUCGGAGCUAUCGACGCUGUUCUAGAGAAAACCGGUGUUAAACCGAAGGAUAUUGGUAUUCUUGUGGUGAAUUGUAGUUUGUUUAACCCGACGCCGUCACUUUCUGCGAUGAUUGUGAAUAAGUAUAAGCUUAGAGGGAAUAUUCUGAGCUAUAAUCUCGGUGGAAUGGGUUGUAGUGCUGGACUUAUCUCCAUUGAUCUCGCUAAGCAGCUUCUUCAGAUUGACUUCGCUUUCAUGUCAUUAUUACGUGCUAUAAACAUAAGCGCAAAGGUCCAACCAAACUCAUACGCACUAGUGGUGAGCACAGAGAACAUAACCCUAAACUGGUACUUAGGCAACGACCGAUCAAUGCUUCUAUCUAACUGCAUCUUCCGUAUGGGUGGAGCCGCCGUACUUCUCUCCAACCGCUCCUCCGAUCGCAGCCGUUCCAAAUAUCAGCUCAUCCACACCGUACGUACCCACAAAGGAGCAGACGACAACGCAUUUGGCUGCGUUUACCAACGAGAAGACAACAACGCAGAAGAAACCGGCAAAAUCGGUGUCUCACUCUCCAAGAACCUAAUGGCUAUAGCAGGAGAAGCUCUCAAGACAAACAUCACAACACUAGGACCACUCGUACUACCAAUGUCCGAACAACUUCUCUUCUUCGCGACCUUAGUAGCUCGAAAAGUCUUCAAGGUCAAGAAGAUAAAGCCUUACAUUCCCGAUUUCAAGCUAGCUUUCGAACAUUUCUGUAUCCACGCGGGAGGUAGAGCCGUUCUUGAUGAGAUUGAGAAGAAUUUGGAUUUGUCCGAGUGGCAUAUGGAGCCAUCGAGGAUGACUUUGAACCGGUUUGGGAAUACUUCGAGUAGCUCGCUUUGGUAUGAGCUUGCGUAUAGUGAAGCUAAAGGGAGGAUCAAGAGAGGAGAUAGGACUUGGCAGAUUGCUUUUGGAUCUGGUUUCAAGUGUAAUAGUGCUGUGUGGAAAGCUUUGAGAACGAUUGAUCCAGUGGAGAAGAUGAAUCCAUGGAGUGAUGAGAUUCAUGAGUUUCCUGUUGCAGUUCCUAGGAUCACUCCGGUUUCGUCCUCGGGAUUCAUGUCCUUGACCAACUCUGUUACCCGGUUUGAUUUCGUUAACCAAACCGGACCACCUGAAAUCCAAUUUCCCGGUGGAUCUCUCUCUGAGGAAGAGCUACCUUCACGGCCUAGUAGAGGACCAGAGUGGGCCCCUUUAGAAGUUCCGGAACUUCCCAAUAUACCUGAGAUAAUCCCGUCGGAAACUCCACCAGAAGUUACGACGGUUCCUAGUGAUCCACCACCGCUUGGACCGCCGCAAACUCCCGGACCUGAGUUUCCAAUCCCACCGUCUCCGUCUCCACCAAUGCCAGAUACCCCUCCGGUGCCGGAAAUGCCACCUGAUGUGGUACCGCCGAACUGGGAACCGCCUCGCCCACCGGAGAUUCCACCGCCAGGAAUCGACCCGCCACCGCCCGGAAUAGAUCCGCCACCACCUAUGGGGCCCACAAUCAUAUAG